AUGUCAGUUUAUAAUCAUCGUCCAAUGGUGCCAACACCACAAAGUCGCAUUGUUGAAAUGCUGGAUUCAAUAAGAAAUGAGUUUGAUCAGUUAGCACAAGAGCUUUAUGUUUGCAAAACUCAAAGAGAUGACUUUGAGCAUAAAAUGAACCAACAAAUCUCAGAAAUGAAUAACUUUCAGCAAAGCUUACUUGAGUUGGAACGUACUCAGCAAAAUCAAAAGAAACAAUAUGAAGAAGAGAUUGCUCGGCUUCGUCAACAAAUUGAAUCACGAAUGUCUUCUGGCCCUUCCGGAAUGCCAUUACAUCCUCUUCCUCAACAGCAGCAACAACUUCCACAUCAACCUCCUCCACCUCCUCCUAAUAUUGGUCCUGGUUCAAAUUACUUUGGUGGUAUUAUGAAUGCCCAUACAAACCAAGGUCCGCCUGGUCUAGUCGCUCCAUCUCAAAUACCCGAACGAUCGCCGAGCCAACAUUCUCAGCAAUCUCCUCAUUACUCUUCUCAAGCGCCACCGCCACCACCAUCUUACUUGAACGGUCAGCAAACGUACUCACCUAACAGAGGUAUACCCACCCCACCCACAUCAGGUCAUCCCCAGCGACCUGAUUGGGGUAACUAUGGUUAUCGACCUGGCUCUUCAGUUCCGCCUGCCGCGGUUCCACCUGAGUCUGUAGGAUCGAAGCGUAAAUCAAAUUCAUCUUCUUCCAGCGCUCCCUCUGGUCAACAGCAACAACAGCAACCACCACCCAUGAUGGCGCGUGCUCCACCUAAUAAGAUAUCAAGCCCAUCAACCACCGGAUCUGGAAAUUUGGCUGACGUUGAUCCUGACAACGUGCCUGCAAAUAUGAAAGUAGAAGGUCAGGAUUGGUUUGCCUUAUUUAACCCUAAAACUCCUCGCCAAUUGAAAGUGGAUCUAGUCCAUACUAUGGAUCAUACAAGCGUUGUUUGCUGUGUCAAGUUUAGUGCAGAUGGUCGUCUUUUGGCUGCUGGUUGCAAUCGUGCUACCUUCAUUUAUGAUGUAGCCACCUCUCAACGUGUGGCUGUUCUCCAAGAUGAAACUAUCAAAACUGAAGGCGAUUUGUAUAUUCGAUCUGUUUGCUUUAGUCCUGACGGAAAUUACCUUGCUACGGGAGCUGAAGACAUGCAAAUUAGAGUGUGGGAUAUAGCCAACAAACGUAUCAGAAAUGUACUAGUCGGACAUCAACAGGACAUUUAUUCGUUAGAUUUCAGCCGAGACGGACGCUUGAUCGCAUCCGGCUCAGGUGAUUGCACAGCAAGAAUCUGGAGCAUGGCAGACGGUAAAUGUCUUCAAGUGCUUCGAAUUUCGGAUCAUGAUCAAAAAGAUCCUGGAGUUACCAGUGUUGCCUUCUCACCUGAUGGACGUAUUAUUGCAGCAGCUAGUUUAGAUAAAAUGAUCAGAAUUUGGGACACUCAGAGCGGCAUUCUACUCGAACGACUUGAAGGACACAAAGACAGCGUAUAUUCUGUUGCAUUUAUGCCAGAUGGCAAAAUGCUUGUCAGCGGAAGUUUAGACAAAACGUUGAAAUUGUGGCAAUUGGGUACAAACGAAGGGCGCGGUAUGGGAAUCGAAAGAGAUAGAGGUAAAGGACCAUGUAAGGUUACUUUUACCGGACACAAAGAUUUUGUUUUGUCUGUCGGAUGUACUCCUGACGGACGUUGGGUCGUAUCUGGAUCAAAAGAUCGAGGCGUCCAAUUCUGGGAUCCACGUACGGGACAGACACAGUUUAUGUUGCAAGGACACAAGAAUUCAGUUAUUUCUGUUGCUAUAAGUCCAUCCGGAAAGCCUUUAUUUGCAACAGGAUCUGGUGAUAACCGCGCAAGGAUAUGGAGUUAUGAUUCCAUUGGAAAAGGAUAUUAACAAUUACAUUUGAAAUAAGUUGUUACUUUUAUUUCAUACAAUCACGCUUUUAUUUUAUUUUAUUUUUUCUUGCCUUGCUCACUUCAUAAUAAAUCAACUGUUCAUUUAUAACUGCUUAGUGCACGGAUUGGUC